GAGCACAGCCGUCGACGAUAAGAUCAACGGCUCCAGCUGCCCCGUGUCUAAUCUGAUCUCAACCGUCCAUCGCUCCUCGUCGUAUUACUAGUUACACACCCGCGCCACGCGGUAUCAAUCUCUCUCUCUCUCUCUCUCUCUCUCCCGGCGAGGGACAAAAGCGAAGUUGUGGAAGAGCUCGCGAAGACUGAGUUGCUGACUCGUAACUCGUUCGGACUAGGGCGAAUCUUCGCGGGGCUUGGCGCGAGAGGUUUGUUGCGACGGCAGAGCUGGCGAAGGCCACGGCGGUGAUGAGAGGGAGCGUGUGGAACCGUAGGACGGUACAGAGGCUGCGGCAGCUGCUGAUCUCGACCGUUGGAUCGGUGAAGGUCAAGCUUCUGCUGUGCUGUUGCAUCGGAUUCACGCUCAUCGUGCUCGCCAGUCGAGCUUCGGAUUUUAUGGGAUGGACGAGUCACACUGCGGUUCUGGAACGGUCCUCGGAUUCACGGAAAGGAUAUUCUAUUGUAAUGAACACAUGGAAGAGAUAUGAUCUUCUGAAGCAGUCUAUUUCUCACUAUUCUCGAUGCCCUCGGCUUGAUUCAAUACAUAUUGUGUGGAGUGAGCCAAGUCCUCCGUCCGAUUCUCUGACAAAAUUUCUGGAUCACAUUGUACAUCUGAACACGAGAGAUGGGCGACAAGUUGAAUUGAAAUAUGAUAUCAACAAGGAGGACAGUUUGAAUAACAGAUUUAAAGAAAUUAAGGUUUUGAGAACAGAUGCUGUUUUUUCAAUUGACGAUGAUGUUAUAUUCCCUUGUUCUUCAGUAGAAUUUGCUUUUGAUGUUUGGCAAAGUGCAUCGGAUACAAUGGUUGGAUUUGUGCCUCGGAUGCACUGGGUUGAUCCGAAAGGUGAUAAGAAUCACUACAUAUAUGGUGGAUGGUGGUCAGUUUGGUGGACGGGUACAUACAGUAUGGUACUGUCUAAGGCAGCCUUUUUCCACAAAAAGUACCUGAGUUUAUACACAAACGAAAUGCCAGCUUCAAUCAAAGAAUUUAUUACCAAGAACAGGAAUUGUGAAGACAUUGCAAUGUCCUUUCUUGUAGCAAAUGUAACUAAUGCUCCCCCUAUAUGGGUGAAAGGUAAAAUAUUCGAGAUUGGUUCAACUGGUAUCAGUACCUUAGGAGGUCAUACUGAAAAAAGAACCAACUGUGUCGAUAGAUUUGUUGCCGAGUUUGGACGAAUGCCACUGGUACCCACAUCUGUGAAGGCUGUUGACAGUCGAAACAUCUGGUUUUGGUGAUUUCAGAACACGCUUACAUAUUCCCCAGUCAAAUCCUGGAACAACGAGAAUUUCCACACUUUCCGUCCUGUUAAAGUUGCUACGGUACUUCUUUGUUCCUCGGAUGUAUAAUAUUUAACUCUCCGAAAAUGUAUGCGUUUUUGUGACAGCAGCGGCCAAUUUAGCACGCCCGUAUAGAUUGAUAUUCUUGUAUUCUUACCAUGUAACACGAGGCAGGCAGUUGCUAUAUGAGUAAUGAGAUAGGUCUUUUCCA